GAAGCUACGGUCGGCUACGGUCGGCUACGAGAAGCUACGGCCUCGUAAUGUUGUGCACGCUCGCUCUUUUCGCGCUGUUCGCCUCUACCCAAGGACGAGCGGUCAAUAUCAGCAAUACCUGGGUACUGCCUGAGGAGGGGUUCCCAGUAUUCUACCGUUACUUCAGAGAUCGCAUCUCCUGGUACGAGGCUGAUGCGGUGUGCCAGUUUCAUCAUGCCAAUCUUGUAACUGUGGACACAACAGCUCAAUAUGACGCAGUUCGAGCUUACCUCAAGGAAUUGGAUAUAUCUAGCGCUGUGUGGGUCGGUCUCAUCCGAAGUAAUCCCGACGGAGACUUUACGUGGACUGACUAUCGAGGCUUAAGUGGUGAUGGAUACUGGAGUUCAGCGCCAGAUGCGAGGGCCGCCCCGCUGUGUGCCGCUGCUGACCCCGCGGCUGACUACCGCUGGGAAGCAAGAGCUUGUGGUGGACCCACUGUAGCGUCCUUCAUCUGCGAAUUGCCUGUACCACAAUGGGCACUCGGAAAUGAAGGCUGCAUGGUUCGUGCCCUGCCAGCACUCACUAUUUUAUAUUUACCUGAAAGUGCAUCUGUUCAGCUCACCGCAGACUGUGGUAUGGCUGGCGUAAAACGAGUUCAGUGUACAGGAAAUGUGAAACGCGAAGACUUGUUGAAAGAUCUAUCAUGCGCUGUGGAAGAAGAACAAACAAGCACUUCCAAUGUAAUAACUACAAGUAUUACCUGGCCCAUGACUUCUGAUGCAUCAUCUACAGAUCAAGAAUCAAUUACAGAAGUAACAACUGAAGAAACCAUCACUACUGAACAUGAAGAUGAUAUAAAUCAAGUGAACAUUAUUAAAUCAUCGCCAAUACCCUACAAUAAAAAUUUACAGAUUACCAGUAAAAUUGUACCAAAGCCAAGUAUUAGUAAAGUAAACAAUGUCGUCCUUAGUAAAAUUAUGAAUUUUGAUGGUACACAAAAUAAUAACUUACAAAGUAACGAGAUCCCAAAUCUUGUUUCACAUGAAAAUUAUUUAAGUAAUGAUGAAAAUGAAAAAAUGGAAGACGAAAAAAAUAAACAGCAUAAAAUGUUACAUGAAGAAAUUGCUCGUAUUGGUAACUUUGAAACAAUAUUUACUCAGCCCACUGAUCAUUUUGUACCUCCAUUAGUAAUGGCAAAAUCUAAGAUAAGUGAUGACAUGACUGUGUUAUCUUUAGAAGAAAAACAUGCUCAACAACUUGCAGAACAGACAUUUGGAAAGUACAGAACUCAAUCUGAUGACAUUAAUCGCUCACAAAUUGAUUCUAGUAACAGUAAAAGUACAACAGAGUAUUCUAGUAAAUUAACAGUUACAGAUAUACCAUUAAUUACAAUCACCAAUCCUCUGAAAUUAAAGGAUACUCUUAAAAAAGAUAAACCUAAAUAUAGCGUGCCUAAAAAGUAUAUUGACAAACAGUAUGACUUAAAAAGUAAAUCUCACAAAAUAACAGAUAUUAAACAAUACAAAACAGAAAAGACAACGGAAAUAGCUAUUACUCAAACACAAAGUACAAUCCCAGAUAUGGAAACAACCAAAGUUUCGUACUACGAUAACAAACAAAAUAAAACUGAUGAAGAUCCCACUAUAGAUCUCACAGUUAUAAUUAAAGAUUUUGAAGAUACUAAAAGUUAUGAAGGAGACGUACCGAAAAUUGAAGUAAUAGAAAAUGAUACGUCUAUAACAAAUCCUGAGGUAAAAUUUAAUACAAAUAACAGUACAGGCGAGAAGAAACAAGAAUUAUCUGUGAAAAUACCUGCAUUUACACAAAACUCCACAUUCACUCACGAAAUUAUUAAAAUAACUAUCAUUAAUGAAGAAAAUUCAAGUGCAAUUCCAACAAUUUUUGAAGUAAGUACCAAAAUGCCAGACUUUAAAACCGACUACGAAAACAAAUCAUCAACCUCAGCCAAUCAAUUAGUUACAUUAAAUAUUGAACAUAACGAUGCAAUUAAUGAAACACUAAAUAAUCAUUCCUAUGUUAACAUCUCAAAUAUACAGGAAAGUACAGUAACUUCACCAACAGGUGAAUCUGUGACAUUUUCCACUACAAAGGAGAAAACUGAUGUAAAGGAAUAUGUAACACCUACUACGAAUGAGAUAAAAACUUCAACUGAAUUUAAAGCUACUUCAACAGCAUCACAAACAAAUAUGAAUGAAAGUAAUAGUACUGUAGAAGAUACCACCAAAACGAGUAUUUUUGAAACCACAACAAAAGAUGCGGACAUUGAAAUUACAGAAACUUUAGCAUCUGAAUAUAACUCUACAGAUUUAUCCGAACCUAUAGACGAUUUGAAUUCACCCUUACUUUCUGCCGCGAAUGAACCACUACAUCGACCAAACAGAUCAAGAAGACCACUGCAACCGCCAAAUCGUAUAAAUAAAUUUAACCCAUUUCGUAUCUUAGGUUAAUUCUCGCACUUUGAAUAUAAAUUCGACUGCCAUUUACGAAAUUCAACUUUGAGGACUGAAAAUUCAAAAACACUAUAUUGCCUCUUUACAUUUUUGAUUUUAUUCAUAAUAAUAAGUACUAGUUCAUUUUACUAUAAUAUUGAGAUUUAUGUAUAUGUGCUUAUCUUCCAUUGCAAUGUGAAACCUAAAUGUCAAUAUUUAAUUUGCUUAUUUAUUGUUAUAACUAACAAGGCAUGAUGAACUUGAAAUCAAGAAUAGUAGUUGUAGAAUCAAUCAUACUCGUAGGUACUUGCACAAGGCAAUUAGUGGAAUUCUGAUUUGUUUUAUGCAAUCACAAUAUAGAAAUUAUAUUAUAGAACUAUAUUAUCUGUUGUGAACACCGGAACAGUUAUCUUAUACAUGCACAAAUUAAUUAGUUCAUUACUAAAAAAUGUAGCUAGACAUUGAUUUUAAUUAAUAU